CCACCGAGUCCAUCGACACUCUCAAACUUUCCCAUAUGUCCCCACAACAACGCCACACGUCGACAUCCACACUGACCCCGUUCUUGAUUACCGUAUUCUUUCUCCUCGCCCUCUUCCCUGGCCCCUUCAUUUCCCUUGUCUGGGCGCCCUACAAUACCCUCGUAGCCUACUACUUCCCUCCUCCAGCGCCCCGCAGCAGCGUGUGGUGCUCAAGUCCAAAUACUUGUAUCUCAGGCUCCACGAUGUCUUGGUUCCAAAAGUCCCUCUCGCUGCCCUCGCGUAGUCGUGGCUCCUACCUCGUAACCGACACAAUCGUGAAGGAACUCCCCGAGAUAAAGCAGUACAAGACUGGACUCCUAAACCUCUUCAUCCAACAUACAUCCUGUGCUUUGUCUUUGAACGAGAACUGGGAUGAGGAUGUGCGCGCGGAUAUGAGCACGGCGCUAGAUCGCAUUGUACCUGAGGAUAAGGGGAGUAAGAAGGGUCUUUAUCGACAUGAUGCUGAGGGGAGUGAUGACAUGCCUGCGCAUGUCAAGUCCGCCUUGAUCGGCGCGAGUGUAACGAUUCCAAUUACCAAUGGCAAAUUGAACACAGGUACUUGGCAAGGGAUUUGGUAUCUCGAGUUUAGGGAUAUGAAACAUUCGAGGAAGGUAGUAGCCACGAUUCAGGGCGAGAAGAUGUGACUUGGUGAGGAGAACGAGGAGACUAUGGUGCAUGAAAGGUUGAGGCUUUGAAGAAUCAGGUUGACAUAUGCGAGUAACAACGAAAGAUAUGCCAGUUCGUGGGAUGAGUGGGGGGACAAAUAACGAUAAGCGACAUCACAGCAGUACAUGAACAUGCAGGACAUGGUAUACAUUGGCGAGAUAGUCUAAGCUAGCAUCUCGAAAGCAGACAGUCUGAUCUACUGGUCGAGUCCUACCGCAUCCGCAUCCGUUCGCUGUCUCCGAAUCUGAACUCCAACUACCGGAAGACCGUCGGAGUGAGACAUGUCAUCGUAACCUUGCACACCCAUCCAUUGAAAGCCC